CACAUGUAAUAGGGCAGUGACAAGUCAAAUAUCCGUUAUCCAUGCUACCAUUUGCUUGUUGACAAAUAUGUGGUUGACAGUUCAUGCCAGGUCGUUAUUUGAACCUUCUAGCCGAAUUUUGUUUUAGUUUAAACCAGGAAGUGCACGAUUGUAACAUUAAACAACUUCCGGUUUACUUGCAUACCGUAAACAGGAUUUGCAUCAGCUACUGACAGCUCAUCUUAAGUGAAAACCUCUCAUGAAUCGCACCUAACUUCUACCAAAGAUCUCUUCGCGUAAGAACGACAAUGACGACUUCAAGGAUACUUGUUUUGACACUGUUAUGUUUUGUGCCUCACAUCAAAUGCUGGAAUGAAGGGGCAGUGUUACUGCGGGAUGUUCAAGUUCUUACAUUGUACAAAGGAAGAUAUACCACCGCUAGACGCACAAGUCCUGUCCUCCAGUUGCAGUGUGUUGGGGGAUCCGCAGGUUGUGGAUCUUUCGUCCCUGAAGUGGUCCAAUGUCAAAACAAAGGAUGGGAUGGAAUUGAUGUACAGUGGGAGUGCAAAGCUGACAUGGACAAUGCAUACCGUUUUGGACGCAUUGAAGUGAGCUGUGAAGGCUUCAACCAUCCUGAUGACGCCUACAUCCUGACGGGUUCCUGUGGGCUGGAAUACACUGUGGAACUGACCCAGGAAGGACAAAAUAGACAGUCGCACCAGAGCUGGGGUGGAGGAGGAGGAGGGAAACAAGGAGGAUGGGGCUCCAGUGGCUUCACACAGUUUGCAUCCAGCUUUUUCAACGGCUUCUCAGGCAACAGGCACCAGCAUCAGCAUGGAGGCCAUCAGCAAAGAGGCAGCUCGGGGUAUGGGCAGCCACAGUACCCAUCAGCGGAGGGAGAAGGACUUGGCGGGCUGAUCGUAGUGGGUGUGCUGCUCCUGCUGGCUUACGGAGUGUACAAGAUGUUCCUCUGUGGACCUCCGCAUGGUCAAGGCCAAGGGCAGGAGCGUUUCCCCAAUGACGGAGACUGGCAGAAUGGACAGAGUGGUCCUCCUCCUCCUGGGUUCAAGCCAGACUACAUGGGCACAGGUCAAUCCUCAGGCUAUCCAGGGUCAGGUCCUAACCCAAGUUAUGGUUUUGCUGACCAGUUCACCAGACCACAUAAUUCUGGCCAUCGCACAGGAGGAGGCUUUUGGACUGGCAUGGGUACAGGAGGAAUUCUGGGAUAUCUGUUCGGAAGUCAAAGGCGUCAGCCAAACACUGGUCAUUCCUGGGGUAACACCAACCCUGGCCACAGCUCUUGGGGAUCCAACACGACUGCUCCCAGGACCCCACCACCAAGCUCAGGAACCCGGACAGCCUCAGGAUUUGGUGGUACCAAAAGGCGCUGAAAUGAAGGAACUUGAUGAUGGGGACUUGGUGACAUUAUCUCCUUGUGAAAUGGUACUUCAACUGUGCAUUUUGAAUGUGAAAUCAGUGCUUUUAUUCUGGGUGUUGGUGUAUAGUUAUGGCUAUUGAAAAAAAAAAGAAUCUUUUAAUAUUUUUGUUUUGUUUUGUUUUAGGUGGUUUUUGAACCAUCCGCUGUAGAUGAACUUGCUUGUAUGUUUUACAAUUUUUUUAUAAACCUAUUGCAGCAUCAGUAUAUCCACCAUAUGAUAUUGGAACUGUACUGAUGGAGAUAAUGGGUUUGCGUGGUCAAAUUUUAUGAGCUCCAAAGACACCAACCAAUGCUUGCAUUGGCAUGUUUAGUGUUUAUUUAACAGACCAUGGUUUUUCAGUAAAUAUAAUAUUUGGGAA